AUGGCAAUCAUUCCUGCUGUCGACGAGUCCUCAAUGGCCGGGAAAAUCUACACUCCCGGCGAACUGCUCCGACUCAAGAAUACCCCUAUGAAUAGAGAGCUUUACAAUCAGCUCCAAGAAAAGCUUCGCCAAGAUCAAGAGCUAGGUGAAGUUCUUCGCAUGCCUCUUGAGAGCUCACUUGCUCGCAUCAUGGAGGAACCUGCCAAUGUGCCUGCAGGCUCGGAGGGCGCUUCUCCCCGCCGUGGCGAAUCUGCUAGACAGUUGGAUGGUACUGAAUCCGAAUGGAGAUAUCGUGGCCGCAGCGACUCGGAAGCUAUUGGGGGCCAGCCCAUCUCCGCUCCGACUGGCCUGAGUGCCCAGAAGGAUGAAGGUUUCCAACGAUUCUACCGAGCAGUCGUGUCACCAACUCACGUUCGAGUUACUGCUGGCGGCCGCAUCGUGCCCAACACACGCGGCUCUCCAUCGCCCACAACUAGGUGGCCCAAAGACAAAUCUGCGGUGGAAGGAGCUGAAAACAACUCCAACCGCCCGCCAUACCGAGAUAUUCUCCAGCAAAGUCAAUUUAUUGUGCCUCAGCACCCCAUGGGAUUCUUUCCCCAUCACGCCAUGAUCCCAGGCUUUGCGCCUGGAAUGGUGCCUGCAAUGCCUGGCAUGCCUGGGCCAGGAGGAGCCGCUCAACCUUCUCUCAUGGGCCACGCCUCAGGUCUUAUGCCAAUGCCACCAAACCCAACCACUGGUGAUAGGCAGAAUGAGACGGGAGCUUCAGAGAAUGCAACCCCAACUCGGCCUCCCCCCCCUGAGAGUGCUCCCUCAAUGGUGCCCAUGGUGGCUGGCCACAGGCUCAUUCCCAACCAUAUAAUGGCUCCUAUGGCCCAGAGCAACGGACAGGCGCCGCAGGUAUCACCACAGGCAGUGGCCUUGCCACCUCCUCUUCAAGUCCCCUCGGUACCAACCCCUACCCCCUCCAAUGGACAGCAUCAGUCCUCCAUCCGAGCAAGCCAAAUAACCAAAAAACAGCUUUCAGUUCUUCGUGCGUCCCUCAAGUGGGCAGAAGACCAGCUCCAGUACAACAAGCACCAGAUUGAUGAACGAACCAUGGAGCUUCAUGCAGAGUCGUUGCGCUAUUCUAUUGGACACUUUGAGAAGGUUCAAGAUGAGCAGGCAGCAAAUGAGAAACGGAGCCACCCAAAAGACCAGGCAAAGGACGACAUGAGUGACUUCGCCUCUGCAGACGAACGAUCAAAGUCUCCAGUGACUAGCAGCGUCAAACCUGAAAAUAGCGGCGCUGAAAGCUUUACUAGCCUGCCAGAGGAGUCCUCCAUGGAACGCGCUGACAAGGCGAUGCCGACAGCUCAGCGGAAGGCUUUCACUUCCAGCCAUGAGGAAGCAACAGUUCAGGCUGUCCCGACUGCCCAAAUUCUGAGACUUUCCGAUGAGAUCGGUGCCAACAAGAGAUCUUCAACUUUGCCUGUGACGGCAGCGCUGGCUCCUCCAUUCCAACCUCGUGCUGUGGGCGGCCAGGAUACCAGGGACGUGUUGCCUAGCUCUGGUCAUCCCAAGCCCAUAUCUGGAGAGGAUGAGUCUACUAAGCCUUAUCUCGUUGGACUGCUCCCACCCGGUAUGAGAGUCGAGCACGCCAGGGAUACUGAUUACAUCUACCCACGACAGCUUACUGAAGAUGAACUCCGAGCUCGUCACAUGUACUGGGGUAAAGCUCCUCACCACCUUCAAAGCGGUCUUCCCAAGUUUGAUGGUAAGAAUUUCUAUCCACCUUCACCAGACAGAAGCCAGUGUGGCGAGCAUGAGUCGGAAGUCAGUCUUGGACAAGGAUCUCUUCAUACCAAGGCAUCCCAAGUUGACAAUGGUGAUGGGAAUGUCAGCGCUGACCCCUUUCAAUCUUCUCGACAUGAUUCACGUCAAUACGAGCGCGGUGGAGUGGGAUUCACCACUGAGUCGAGUUUAUCCCAGCAUUCUGGAAUGUCCACCAACGGUGGCGAUCGUUCUCGCCAAGAGACCGGAAAAAAUGCCCCUCGAGGAAGUCGUCAUCAAAUGGCUAUGACUGGCAAUCCCAACGCUCGCUCAGAGAGCGACAGUCCCGACGAAAAUGACGAGAAGAGCAUCGUGUUCAAAGGGCGCAACUCUUUGCGCCAAACUCGACCAAGGCCUCGCAGCGGCAUAUGGCACGAUAUGAUGAAACGCGGUACGUCGAGCAGCGGCGCAGUUCCAGGAACAGUUUCCUCUACAACAGUUCAGGGCGUUCUACCUCACUACAGUGGCCAUGCGACUGCGUCUCUCACUCCCACAGCAACCAACAUCAGCUCAUCUCGUGAGCAGACAAUCAAGUCGGGAAAUGCCAAUGAGGGUGAACCGGCCAACCUUACUGCCGAGAGACAGAUCGAAAACAGGCCCCUAGGAGAUGGCAAGCACAAUGCUUAUUCCAGUGUUCAGGGGUCGAAGAAGCGAACCUCAAUGCUUUGA